CCUUCAAGCCCCUGGCCCAGCAGGUCAUCAGCAGGAGUGGCUGGCCCCCUCCCCACCUCAUCGCAGCUGGCAAGUUUCAAUGUCGAGCCUGCGGCUUCUCGUUCGGGGACCUCUGGGUCCACCGGGGGGUCUGCGCGCACUGCGAGGAGGAGCAGCGGAACAAGGGGAUGUGCCCCUACAGCGACGAGUGCAACUUCUCCUACCGAUGCUUCUGCCCGCACUCGAAGAAGUGCAUCCGGUGCGAGGAUUGGUCCUGCGACACCUGCCGCCUCCACCGGCUGGACGGAGCGGGCCUGGUUGACCUUGUGAGGAGACUGCCAGCCACUCGCCUCUUCCUCGACUUCGACCAGACGCUGUGCAGCUCCAAGUCAGGGUUUCCUCCGGUCCCAGGGAAGCAUCGGCUGCAGGAGGACGUAGCGGAGCUACUUCGCUGCGCACAGAGAGCGGGAGAGAACGAGCAGGGAGAGGGGGGAGGAGGCUGGGAGAGGAGCCUGCGCGUGAGCAUCGUCAGCAGGAACCCCCACAAGAAGGAGAUCAUGGAGAUGCUGCAGCGUCGGGGCAUCGGGGACAGAGUUGAGGUCUGCUGCGUGAAGGUAGAGAGGACGACCAAGGUAGGGAAGAUCGCUGACGAUAUGAGGGGGGAGGAGAGAGGAGCUGUUGCUGUGUACGCCGACGAUGAUGUGCGGGAGCUAAUUGAUCCGACCUUGACCGCAUGCUCGGGCCUGCACAGGGUGAUCUUUUCCUUCCGAGAGCUCACCAGCUAGGACACCCUCAACGGGACAGGAAGGAGAGGCAAGUACCAGGAGGAAUCGCUGGGGGGGAGGGGGGAGGAGGAGGAGGGGGAGGAGGGAAGGAAAACGAGGGGAGCAAGGAGGGAAUGCGAUGAGAAUGAAUUAUUCAGUCAUGU